UUUUCACUGCAGGUGAGGAAAAUCGAUUCGGGCAUCGGCCAUCUUGGAAAAAGUAUAAUUAGAACAGCCGUACAGUUAUUUGGCUGCCAAUAAAACAGUUAUAUUACCACGUCGGACACAUCUAUAACGAUAUUAUGCAUUAUCAUUAAAUAAUCUUGCAGGAAAAAGGUCCAUUUAUGAUAUCUAGGUUCAUUUUCAUGUACUUAAGCACUAGACAAAGGGCAUGGCUGAAAAAUCAAUAGUUCUGCAUCUGCGCACGCAAGAUGGACGGUCCUCCUGAAAAUGUGAAAGUCUAAGUUAGUGCUAAUGGAUAUCCUAGAAUAUCUCGCGUUAUUAUGGAUGUCGUCCCGACGGAACGGGUCGGUAUCCCGUGCCGCGGAGGCCGCCUCCAAGAACCGACUUCAUAUGGAUAGGAAUCCACAACACUCGAGGAUCACAGAUCCUUCAAACCCGGCCGGUCGCCGGAAGGAAAUAGACAACGUGAUGAAAAGAGCCCGCCAGGCGUCCCCGGGCAGCUGGGACCGAAAACUCCUGGAAGUGGAGGAGAAAGACCCAAAUCGGUGGCGGCACACCGGUUACAAACAGCUGUACCUCGAUGGGUCCAAGUCACCGUCGCCCAGGAGGUCUCGCUCCCCAGCUGUUAGGCGAUCCAGGACACCGCUACCGAGUCGACGGUCCAGAUCUCCGCUCGGUCGCCGGUCCCGCUCGCCCGUGGGACGCCGGUCGCCGCGCAAGUCGCGCUCCCGCUCCGCCAGGCGAAGCCCUAGGCGCAGUCCUAGAAGGAGCCCGAUUAGACGCAGCCCGGGCCGUAGUCCCCGUCGUCGCUCCCCCCGUGCGCCGCCGCCACGUCGUGACGCUCGACGUCCGCCGCCUGCCAGACCUGCCAGGCCGCCGUCACCGCCAGACCCUAGGAAGUCAUCAGGAUCAGGUUCGUCAGUAAGCAGCUGCUCGGACGAGUCGUGUUCCGUGUGUUCAGCCAAGAACAAGAAGACUGCGCCACCACAACCACCCAAAGGCGUUAAACCCAUUCCCCCCGCCACAUCUCCCGCGCGUGCAGCGGCCAGACCCGCCGCACGAGCUGUGCAACCAACUCGCGAGUUGUUGAAGGCACGCGAGGCUAGCAAGCGGACCCGGGAAGAGAAGGUACUAGAAUGGCAACGCACCCAGAUGGCAGUCCGUCCCCCGGUCCCCGCGACCCACAUCAAGCGUGAAGGCGAGCGCCGGCCGGCCCCCCCCGCGCCCCCGGCCGGGGCCCCGCGGGCCGCCCGCCGCGACCCCCGCGACCCGCGCGCCGUGUCCCCGGCCGCCAUCGCCGCUGCGCUCAAUGAUAGUGACUCGGACUCCGAGUCUGAUGCCAGCUCUGAUCCGCAGCCGCAGAGGCUAACACUAUCGGAGCGUUUCGGCAAGAUGGCGCAAUGGUCGGCGGACCGGUCGGCGCGGCUGGAGAACAUGCGCAUCACGCGGCGUGAGACCACGCUACACGUGCGCAUCGAACGAGACGAGUCCGCUACACCGGCUCCUACUGCGCCGCAGCCGUACCCGGCCUUGGAAGGCGCUGCAGCAGGAAGCUACCCUGAGGAACUUCUGCUGGCGGCUCCAGCUGGGCUGCCUUCCUGGGAUGAUGUACGGGUGCGGUACGAUUACUACAAGAAGCGGGGUUAUCUCAGAGGUCUAACGCUGGGUGACUAUGUGAAAUGGGAGGAAUGGUGGUAUAAGUACCAAGAGUGGUUGAAACAUGAACGAGCCUACGAGAGGUGGGCUGAAGGAGAAGUAGGGACGGUACGUCGCGAGAGGCGACGUAGAGGCGGGCGCCACAGAAGGAGCUGAGGACGCGCCGCCCCCGCUGCCGUCCUGUCCGUGGACUUGGCAGCGGGGGCUCUCCCCGACACGAUCUAGGGGAGACCGGACACUACACAGUGCCAACUUAGUGAUAAUUAUAGUGCUAGUAUCAUAGUGUACAGUGAUUUAAGUGAUGAACAAAGCGUAUAGACACUCCUCAAAUGUGAAACGGGCUUUGAUAAGUUCAAAGAUGAACAUUUUUACAGUUAUACUGUUUGUUGUAUCACUUUGACACGGCAGUUGGAACGCUUGUAGUGAGAAUGGUUUAGCUGGAACUGACUACAGCUUGAAGUACAGCUUCAGAGUGUUUCAUGAACUGACUGUGUGAUCGACUGAGUCAGUGGAAGAAGUCAGUGUACGAUACAGUUACAGACGGACUGACUAACAUCACAGUUUGGUCAGAUUGAAAAUACGCGCUUCUGUGCGAUGGUAUGGCUGACUUUCGGCUGUAUUGUGUCAGCGUGCGAGUAGGUCCGGAUGAAAACUGAUGACGUUACCGCUUCGCUUCGCGUCCUGUCUAGCACUACGGAAGUCACUUAUAGUGCGUAAGCUAGUGCAAAAACUAUAAAAAAGACUUUGAAUUUCGUAUAUGGACGCUUAAAGUGCCAGUCAGCCUACGAAAGUCAUUUGUUAAUGCGUAAGAUAGAGCUGGCUCAUACGAGGUUCGUACUCAACAGAUUAUUGUGUAUAAAGACGCUCUUGAGUGCUCCUGCAUUAUGGAAGUCACCUAUGGUGCGUAAUAUGAUGCAGGCUACCGUUAGUUCGAAGAGAAGCCGCGAAUCAAACUAGUUUAAGCACCACGGAAGUCACCCCUAGUGCGUAAGAUGGUGCAACUUACUUGUAAGGUAGAAAUCUUAAUGAGUGUUAUCUGUAAGAGAACGGACACUAUAGUGCCAAGGGAUCUGUGAAACAACUACACGGAAUAAUGUUGGAAUUGGGUUAAUAAUAAACCUUCCAACGUUUAAUUCUACUCUUACAUAUAAAUUUUGUAAUUAUGCAAUAAGAUUUCUGUAUAAAGAUUCUGUCUGUCCGCGUUUCCCGUAUGGUGAUGUUCGAUACAUCUUAUUACACGGACAUGAUAUGGCUAAGCGUACGUCAAUCAACGGAAAACGCUUCUUCCUUGUAGAGAUACAAUAAUCUGGUCUAAAAUGAAACUUAGCACAUGCUUUCACUUCGUCAAUACCUCAUGACGAAGUUAAACCAUGCUCUAAUAUGCAAAUACAAUGAAUUUGACAAUCUUAUUGGCAGGAAUGUAACUAAAUUAUAAUGUGCAAUCAAAAUGAUGGGGUUAACAGCCUACUGACUGGGUUUGGGAGUCCGCACUGAGUCUUAAUCGAGACCAGAGCCUUCGACUACCAGUAAAUA